AUGCGUUACUCCGUCGUCUUCGCUACUCUCUCUGCUCUCGCCCUCCAGGGUGCUGUUGCCCAGAGCAACCCUGCCACUCAGUAUCUGACUGAGACCAACUCCAACGGAGUUGUGACCGGCCAGCCUGACGUCGUUACCUCCCAGGCUGCCGCCGUUACCUCCCAGGAGCCCGCUGCCAGCAUCCCCCGCUGUGCCACUGCCACUGGCACCGCUACUGGUACUGGCUCCUCUGCUCACGGCUCGGCCACCGGCUCUGGAUCUGCCUCUGGCUCUGCCUCCGGCAGUGGCAGCAAGAGCCUGACCACCAGCACUCGCUCCAAGUCGUCCACUGCCACUGGAACCUCCACCGGUACCUCCACCGACUCGACUGACUCCUCCUCCUCCGGCACUGCUACCGGUACCUCCACCGGCUCUUCUUCCUCCUCCACCGGUGCCGCUGCUACUGCUGGCCCCGCUCUCGGCCUCAUUGCCGGUGCUGCCCUGGCUGCUUUCGCUCUGUAA